AUGCCUUCGAUCACCUCCCCAUCCGGGCCCCCAGCUAUCUUCAGCCAUCGCCGUAUGCCCAUUACCCAGGAAUAUCAUGUCAUGGACCGAUACGCUGGACACGCUUCCCGCUGCAGAAUCUGUGCAAACCCAGUUGAUGCCAUCAUCAAGGGAGGAAACCUUUGUGACCGUGGUAUUCGACAUGCACACAACUUCAUCCUCUGCAUCCGGAGCCACGAGGGGAAAGCCUUUGCUGCCGCCGAUAUCGAGUUCACGCCGAAGGAGAUAGACAUCCCACUAGAGUUCAGCGUUAUUAGUGACCUUCUUCGCGCCCUUGACCUAGGUCUCCUGGCCAAACUUCAGAAACCGCAACCGGUAGUCAUCAACACCACAAACCACACCCGCUCCUCCCGAGAAGACAAUACUCCAUCUAGCCCUGUCUCGCCGCCUGCAUCACUACCCGAGCGUUCAAGCAGUACAGUAGUGGUUGUCUCUUCCCGUAAGGGCAAAGAGUCAUCUCGUGAUGACCUUUCCUUUUCUCGCCGUGGGACCCUCUAUCCUAAUGAGACCUCUAGUCAGCCUGUCACUCGCACGUUCCACUCCACUUCCAAGUCAGGAGUCAGAGUCCCAUCUACAUACCUAUCGUGA